AUGAUAAAUUACUAUGCUCCAAAAACCAUAUGGAAUGAAUCAAUAGCGACACAUAAUCACACGCAUCAAGAGAAUGUAUCAAGUAAUCAAGCCAUUUCUGUAUCAUCAGCCGGUAUUCGAGCUUUAAUAUAUCAAUUUCAGGCAUUUUACUUAAGAACUCCAGUAAAAUUAUUUCGACCUUCAAGAUUCGACUAUAUGGCAUACGUUAGGGCUUAUGCAAACAAGUUAGACAAUAUAGAUAAAAAGCCAUACAAAUUUAGAACUCAUUCCUCCAUAGCAAUGUUAUAUAAUGUGGUACGAAAGGAGGGCCUCAAAUUUAUACCUGAUCAAAUUCUUCCACCCUUGAUUUUUAAUUCCGCCACUGGUAUCAUACUUUACGGUGUAUAUUUAACGAGUUUAGAUCAUUACCAGAAAAAACGAGGGAAAGGAAGAGGUGAAUUUAAUUGGUACUCUCCCAUAGAUACAUGGAGAGCAGGUUUUACAGCAGGCGCUGCCCAAUCUUUAGCAGCUGCUGCUGUAGAUGGCAUUUACAAUCGACUGACAAUAUCUGAAAUUUUAGAUGGAACUCAUCAAAACUUAUGGCAAUUUGGUAUAAACAAACUAAAACAAAUUGGAUUUGUUGGAGUAUUUGCAGGAUAUGGAUUUUCGUUUAUAAAAGAAAGUUUCGGAUUUGCAUUUUAUUUUUCAACUUUUGAAACUGUCAAAACUCAAGGUUAUAAUAUUACUUAUAAAAUUUUAAAGUUUUAUAGACUACAAGAAGAUAAAAUCAAAAGUCAUUUACAAAAAGUUUUUCACUGGAAUGAGGAACAAACUGAUGCCAAAUUGGAGAAGUUAGAAAGAUAUAGGUCUGAUAGAAUUUUGAAAACGACAUUUGUUUUGAUAGCUGGAGCUUCAGCAGCAUUUGCAUUGUUAGCUAUUCAAUAUCCAAUCACUAAAAUACAAAAAAUACAUUUAUCAAGACUAGAAGCUUUAGAUGUAUAUAAUGCAUCAAAUAGGCAACACAAACCUUUUUUUAAAUUAUAUUACAAUUCAUAUAUCGACACAAUUAAUCAAGUCAUACGAAUGAAAAAAAGAGCAAAAGUAACUUGGUUUAAAGCUGCAUAUAGUGGUUUUGUACGAAAUGCUUUGUCAACUAUCCCAGCUACGUCCAUAGCUCUAUUGGUUUUUGAAAUUACAAGAACAAGACUUGCUGAUAAUUUUGAAGAAUAUGAAUCAUUAGAUCCAUAA